AUGUCCCUCGUCAACCUCUCCCACGUCUGCUCGCACCUCCAGAACGCCUCGCUCGCACGACUCGGCCUCACAUCAAUACCGUACUCGAAACUGCAUCUCUCACUCUCGCUGCUCCUCCACAAGCAGGGCUUCCUCUCCCAGGUCAAACUCGGCGGGCCUUCACCACCCGCGUCAUGCUUUCCUCCAGGCAUGAGGGAUAGCAACAACAUAUCAUCGCAUCCACAUCAACAUGGAGACGGGAGCAUGCACAGCCCGGAGAGCGCAUUGCAGAGAGUCGUCGAUGGACCGGGACCGGUGACAGCGGCGAUACUACGAGAGGAGGGAUUUAAUGAUGAAGCCAUCACAUUCGCAAUGGAGGAGCGAUUAAAAAGCGCAGCCCAACUUGAACAUGAAGGAUGGAGUAAUGUAGCCGCCAACUUCCUCAUGCGCCACGGAAACAAGCGUUUGGAGCAGUUACAAGAUGAAGGCAUGGACGAGAUGUCAAUCUCCUUCCUCCAAAACCACGCCACCCUUCUCAACAGUGCACAAGAGGAAGUGCAGAGAUGGUACCCCGACAACUACGAUUACGAAUAUCAAAGUGACAACCCCAACGCGGAUGAGCGGAAUAGAGCAGGCGCCCGGCGUGACCACCGAAAUCAGCAAGCAAUGAAGCUGCGCGAGCGCAUCCUCCGAGAAGGCUUCUCAGCCCCUACGCUUCGCUACUUCGCUGGACCCCAGAACAGCCUGCGCACGACCCGCGACCUCGCCCGAGACGGCCUCACAAUCAACCCCAUGGGUGUUCCUAUACCAAACCAACCUUUCAACCCACCUCCACCACCUACGCAACAAGAUCCCUGGGAUCUGGAGAGCGAAGGCGUAGUUACGCAAGCAAAUCGCGCGUCACGAAGAUUAUGGCUGGGACUAAAGUACUGGGACAACAUGCCAGUCCUACGGAAAGCGACGAUGCUGUCGAAGCCUACGAAGCGAAUAUGGCUGAACGCGAGAGAUUUGGGAGGAUUGACGAGGGGUCACGCGGCGGCGAAGGGGGAGAUCAAGCCGUUGACGCAGGUGGGGGAGUGUAUGGCUGUGAGUACGGACUUGGGGGUGAUGGAGGUGAGGGAGUGCGCGGAGAGGAGGGUUGGGGGGAUGGUGUUGUGUCGGGUGUGGUGA